GUCGAAGAUGCCUUCCAUAGCUUUGGACGAAUUCGCAAGGUGUGGGUUGCCCGUCGUCCCCCGGGCUUCGCGUUUGUUGAGUUCGAAGAUACCAGAGACGCAGAGGAUGCUGUGAAGGCACUUGAUGGAGCACGCAUCUGUGGUGUGCGUGCUCGAGUCGAACUAUCUCACGGUAAACGCCGUAAUGGCGGUGGUGACAGAGGAGGAGGCGGCGGCGGACGUGGUUAUGGAGGCGGAUACGGUGGAGGUGGUGGUGGUAGAGGCGGUUAUGGCGGAGGAGGCUAUGGUGGACGCAGAUCCAGGUAA